AUGGAUAUAAAAAAAAGGGCGAGUCUGGGGAUACUAAAUCAACCCAAGCCAAGAGUAAAAUGGCAACACAUUCUGCAGGAAGAAACACUGGCAACCAUGUUAAUUAUAUCCAUGAUCAUUAGCCAGUUCGAGCUGCCAGGUGCCUGGUGCCGCCCCCGAGGUGCCUGGUGCCGCCCCCGAGGUGCCUGGUGCCGCCCCGAGGUGCCUGGUGCCGCCCUCGAGGUGCCUGGUGCCGCCCUCGAGGUGCCUGGUGCCGCCCUCGAGGUGCCUGGUGCCGCCCUCGAGGUGCCUGGUGCCGCCCCCGAGGUGCCUGGUGCCGCCCCCGAGGUGCCUGGUGCCGCCCCCGAGGUGCCUGGUGCCGCCCCCGAGGUGCCUGGUGCCGCCCCCGAGGUGCCUGGUGCCGCCCCCGAGGUGCCUGGUGCCGCCCCCGAGGUGCCUGGUGCCGCCCCGAGGUGCCUGGUGCCUGGUACCGCCCCCGAGGUGCCUGGUACCGCCCCCGAGGUGCCUGGUACCGCCCCCGAGGUGCCUGGUGCCGCCCCCGAGGUGCCUGGUACCGCCCCCGAGGUGCCUGGUACCGCCCCCGAGGUGCCUGGUACCGCCCCCGAGGUGCCUGGUACCGCCCCCGAGGUGCCUGGUACCGCCCCCGAGGUGCCUGGUGCCGCCCCCGAGGUGCCUGGUGCCGCCCCGAGGUGCCUGGUGCCGCCCCGAGGUGCCUGGUACCGCCCCCGAGGUGCCUGGUGCCGCCCCCGAGGUGCCUGGUGCCGGUCCCGAGGUGCCUGGUGCCGCCCCGCCAAAAAUAAGCCAGGUUUCCGGUCAAGUGUUGGCUCUCACACCUCCCCCACUUGA